AUGUUUAAAAUUAAAGAGCUUGAUAGUGAAAUUUUAAAAGCUAUUGGAACUGAAUUUGUUUCUGAUUUGGUAAAAAUAUCGUCAAAAGAUGAUCCAUCAAAAUUCUGCAUUAUGCCUAAAAAGUUUGCCGAUCAUUAUCUUGAAAGAAUCAAGAACAUGGAAAUAUUUGAAGAUGACAUUUGGAUUGUAACAUUUCCAAAAUGUGGAACAACAUGGACUCAAGAAAUGGCUUGGAUGAUUAACAAUAACCUUGACUAUGAGACAGCACUGAAUGUGAAGUUAAACGCCAGAUUUCCAUUCUUAGAAUUCAAUGGCAUUCAUUCUGGUUUUGACUUUGAUAGUUUUGAGCAAUGUAAAAAUAUGCCUCGACCAAGGCAUAUUAAGUCACAUUUGCCAUUAUUUCUUUUGCCUGAUCAAUUAUGGAGUGUUAAUCCAAAGAUCAUUUAUGUCAUUCGAAACCCAAAAGAUACUGCAGUCUCAUGGUAUCAUCAUCAUCGCUACAUGCUUGAAUAUAAAGGAACUAAAAAUGAUUUAAUAAAAGCUUUUGCAAGUGACUUGGCAUUCAAUUCACCAAUGAAUGGCCAUGUUCUGGAUUUUUGGAAUAUUCGGAACCAAUCAAAUGUUUUGUUUUUAUUCUUUGAAGACAUGAAAAGAAACUUAAAUCAGGAAGUGAAAAAAAUGAUGAAAUUUCUGGACAAAAAUUAUUCACAAGAUCAAAUCAACAAACUUUGUCAGCACUUAUCAUUUGAAUCAAUAAAAUCCAACAAAAUGGUCAACAAAGAUGAUGAAAUUAAGGAAAUGAUGGACUCAGUUGGAAGAACUUUUAAACAAGACGAAUUCAGUUUCAUAAGACAAGGGAAAGUUGGAGCAUAUGAAAAUGAACUAAGUGCUGAUGAGAUAAAAAUGCUGAAUAAAUAUGCUGAAGAUUCAACUUUGAAAGAUGCUGGUUUUGAGUAUAAAUUUAUUUAA